AUGACACUUCCUUUCCCUUUUAUAUUGACAAACUUUCCUGGUUCAGAUACAGAGAAAUAUCCCUUCAACCAUUCUCUUACCCUCCUGUUUAUUAUACUCUCAUCUUUCUCUGUCUUGUUCACUUCAUUAACCAUUUUCUCUUCUUCCUCCUUAGAACCUAUUUUCUUUUCUUUUUUGUUUUCUUCUAACCAUUCCUCUAUACAAUAUCUUUCUUUCUUGUCUCUUCCUUCUCUCUUAACAUUUUACCCACCAUCAGUUUCUCCUAACAUUUAUUUUUAUCAACAACGCUUCUUCUUCUUCAUAGCAUUCCCAUCCUCAUCAGUUCUGAACAUCAACCUUUUAUUCUCUCACACAUUUUCUCUCCAUUCCAUUAAUAAGACUAACAUCUUUUUCUCCUCCUUUUCCUCUCCAUCAUUCAAGCUCAAUGUUGAUACUCUCUUCACAACCUAUCUUCUCCUCAUUGUCCUCUUCUUCUCCUUUUUAGAAUGCCUUUCCUUCUCUCUACAUUCCCACUUCAUAUUCUUUCUCCAUUUAUGUCUCUUUAUUUCUACCUUUCUUAUCUUUAAUACUCACUUCUCUUUCUCCUCUUCCUCAUUUCUAUCAUACCUGUUCUUUCUUUUUCUCUCCACUACCCACUCUCUCUCUCUUUCCUGUUUUCUUUACUUUCCUCUUUAUAGUCUCUCUCCCACAAUUGUCUCUUAUUCUUAUCCCUUUCAUCCACCUCAUUAUUUUCCUUAA